UUGCUUCGAACAUUAAAAACCCUCCAGACGACGAAGAGGCUUCGGGCAGAACCUGCUCCUCUUCAUCUUUCAGUACGGUUAACAAGACCAUGGCCGACGAGCACAACCACUCAGGCUACAUUAAUGGCACGCCGUGGUUUGUCCACGAGUGCACCAUCGAGCUGGACGUGGACUACAGGCGCAUCGCCCUCUUCCUGCUCUACCUCUUCAUCUUCAUGGUGGGCCUGCUGGAGAAUGUGCUGGUCGUGUGGGUGAACUGGAGCAGGCGCCACUCCGCCAACGGGGUUCUCUUCUGCGUCAUCAACGUGAGCCUGUCGGACCUGAUGGUGAUUGGGAUCCUGCCCUUCUACCUCAUGGAGGUGACCAUGGGCGAGGUUUGGGUGUGGGGCCGCUUCCUCUGCAAGGUCACCAACCUCAUCUUCGUGGUCAACUUCUACAGCAGCUCCCUCUUCCUGGCCUGCAUGACCUUGGAGCGCUACCUGUCCCUGACCAGGCCCUCGUCUCCGGCCCUCUUCCCUGUGGUGGGCCGGCGGCGCUGGGUGCUCUGUGGAGGCCUGUGGCUCUUCUCUUUUGUCCUGGCUCUGUUUGAGAACGUCCAUGUGGACCUUCUGGAGUGGGACGAGCCGGGCUGCUAUAUGAUUCCCGAGCACAACUUCCAGGAGUGGUUUAUUUGCAUACACUACCUGAACUUGAUCUUCCAGUUCAUAGUCCCCGCGGCCGUCAUCAUCACCUGCAACGUGCUGAUCUCUCGAGCGGUCAAGUCGACUCCGGAUGUGCAGGGCAGGCGGGACGUGUGGCUGGUGCACGUGUACUCCCUGGUCUUCGUCAUGUGCUGGCUGCCCUACAACCUGGUGGUGUUCCUAAUGGUCAUUGACAUCCUCAACCCCUACAUCUUCAAUUGCAACACCAUAGAGGUCCUCUACUUCUCCUACAGCGUGGUGCAGUGCCUGUCGCUUUUCCACUGCGUCGCCAACCCCAUCCUCUACAACUUCCUCAGCCAGAGCUUCCGCAAAAACCUGAUCAACACGGUGCUGAGCCACAUACCCAAAGAGCUGGAGCAGGUUGGAGCGGGAAACCAGCCCGGUGCUCCUAAUGGCGGCGGCGGCCCGGAGAGGCAGCGCAAGUUGAGUAACGUCAGCACAAGCCAGUCUGACGUGGGAUCAUAAGAGAGAAGAUGAGGAUCGAGUCAAGAACUAAACCCAGUCUCUGGAAACCAGAGUUCACGUUCCUCUCGUAAUCUACUUCCUUGAUUUCUAAUCAUGUACCUGAUCAGUUUAAAAAAAGAGAGAAGCAGGAAAUGUUUGAUGUCUUUUUGUUUUCUUCUCAAAGCUGCUCAUCUCCGACAGGAAAACAUGGCUGCGUCUUAAAUGUGGCUGCAGCAGGAAUGUGUGUGUAAACAAACGCUAACAUCUCUCUUCACUGAACGGACCGGGGUCACAUGCUGGAUAAAUUAAAGCAUUUAUUGUUGUACUGUUGUUUUCUUUAAGUUCUGUUCAAAUGCAAUAAAACUCCCUUCAACAC